GGAAGUAGAAUUAUUAUAACAACAAGAGAUGAACAUAUACUAGAACUUCUGAAAGUGGAUACAGUACAUCUAACCCGAGAAAUGAAUGAAGAAGAAGGUCUUGAGCUCUUCAGUCAGCAUGCCUUUGGAAAGCAUUCUCCUGAUGAAGACUAUAUUGAACUCUCAAGAAGGGUGGUUAUGUACUGUGGAGGUUUACCACUGGCUCUUGAAGUUUUAGGGUCUUUUCUGUUUAAAAAGAGUGCAAGAGAAUGGGAAAGCACACUGAAGAAAUUGGAAAACGUUCCUGAUGUCAGAAUUCAGUCAAAGCUCAGAAUAAGCUUUGAUGCAAUUGAUGAGAGCCAGAAGAACAUAUUCCUCCAUAUAUCUUGUUACUUCAUUGGAAUGGACAAGAAUUAUGUCAUGGAAAUACUAAAAGGCUGUGGUUUUUAUCCAGAAACAGAUAUCAGUGUCCUGCAGCAACGUUGCCUUGUAACUGUCAGUGAGAAAAACAAGCUCAUGAUGCAUGAUCUGCUUCGAGACAUGGGCAGAGAAGUUGUUCGUGAAGAAUCCCCUAACAGCCCUGAAAGACGCAGUAGAUUGUGGCGUCGGGAAGAUGUAAUAGAUGUAUUGACAGAUGAAUCUGGAACUGAAGUGACUGAAGGACUCUCUCUAAAUUUGCAAAGAUCUGAGUCAUCUGACAACAUGUGUACUGUCAGUACAAAAGCGUUUAGAAACAUGAAGAGGCUGAAAUUGCUCCAACUCAACUAUUUGCAUCUCAAGGGAGACUACGACAACUUCCCCAAAAAGUUGAGCUGGCUCUGCUUGCGAGGAUACUCUGCCCAGGUCAUACCUAUUGGGUUUCUUAAUGAGAGAAAACUGGUUUCUAUCGACCUGCGGUACAGCAAUCUCGAACUUUUUUGGCAUACCAGGCGCCUUGUGAAAUUGGUGAUACUUAAUCUCAGUCAUUCACGUUACCUAAGACAAUCAUCAAACUUUUCACAAGUCCCAUUUCUACAGUAUCUGGUCCUUAAAGACUGUGUGAGAUUGUCAAAAAUUGACGAGUCCAUUGGAAGUCUUUCUGGACUUGCAUUGCUAAAUCUGAAAGGUUGCACGAUGCUCAAGAACCUUCCGGAGGAUUUCUAUAAGUUGCGUUGUGUUAGGACUCUUGUUCUCUCUGGCUGUUCGAGAUUUAAGCAUUUGAGCACGAAUAUAGGAAAUAUGACUCGUUUGGAAACUCUUCUUAUAAGUGGCACAGCUAUAAGUGAAGUACCAUCCACAGUAGAUAACUUGAAAUGGCUGAAAUUUUCAUCUCGACAUGGCCUGAGUGGACUACAACGUCAUUUCCAUGCAUGAGACAUCAGGAUGGACCAAAAGCAUUCAGAAACAUGAGG